UCGCGGCCGGAGCGGCACGGCAGCAGUCGCUCCGUGGCGGCGGGAGGUUGAGGGGUGGCGAGGUGCCGCCGGGGAUGUUCCAAAGCGCACCAGGGCCCCCGCCAUGCAGCCGGCCGAGAUCCAGUUCGCCCAGCGGCUGGCGUCCCACGAGAAGGGCAUCCGGGACCGGGCGGUGAAGAAGCUGCGCCAGUACAUCAGCGUGAAGACUCAGAAGGAGACAGGAGGUUUCAGUCAAGAAGAACUUCUAAAAAUAUGGAAAGGACUCUUCUAUUGCAUGUGGGUGCAGGACGAGCCCCUUCUGCAGGAGGAGCUAGCCAACACGAUUUCCCAGCUCGUCCACGCUGUUAGCAACCCAGAGGCCCAGCACCUGUUCGUUCAGACCUUUUGGCAAACCGUGAACCGAGAGUGGAAGGGGAUCGACAGGCUGCGCCUGGACAAGUUCUACAUGCUGAUCCGUCUGGUCCUGAGAGAGUCCUUUGAAGUUCUGAAGCGGAACGGCUGGGAAGAAAGCCAAAUCAAGCUUUUUCUCGAUGUCUUGAUGAAGGAAGUCUUGCACCCUGAGAGUCAGUCUCCUAAUGGAGUGAAAUUCCACUUCAUUGACAUUUAUCUGGAUGAACUAUCCAAAGUGGGAGGGAAAGAGCUUUUGGCUGAUCAGAAUCUCAAAUUUAUUGAUCCAUUCUGCAAAAUUGCUGCCAAGACCAAAGACCAUACAUUGGUGCAGACUAUAGCUAGGGGUGUUUUUGAAGUCAUUGUAGAUCAGUCUCCUUUUGUACCUGAAGAGACAACAGAGGAACAGCAAACUAAAGUGGGCGACAGCGACCUCUCUGAAGAAGAGAGAGCCGGAAACGAGGUGGCAUGGAGAAAAACAAUCAGUAAGAAGACAGCACUGGGCAAACACCAUUACAGGAAAGACGGAGUCAGUGAUGAAGGGGACAGAGAGAAUGGUGGCAGCAUGGAGGACAUCGGGCCACUUCUCCAGUUUGACUAUAAGGCUGUUGCUGACCGACUCCUGGAAAUAACCAACAGGAAAAACACCCCUCCCUUCAACAGGAAACGUCUCUCCAAACUAAUCAAGAAAUUCCAAGAUCUCUCUGAAGCAGGCAGCAUACCUCAACUCGGUCUUGCUGAAGAUGUUUCUGCUGAUGAAGGUGACCAGACCCUCCAUCAAGGAAAGCAUAAGAAGAAAGGCAACAAACUUUUAGAGAAAACGGACGUGGAGAAAGGGGAAGGAAACAAGUUCAUUCUGGCUGAGGGAGAAGAGAGUAAAGGUAGUGUUCAGAAGAGGAAAAGGAAAAAGAAGAGGAACCACCUUCAACAUGAACAUUUAGGGUCAGGGGACAGAGCCAUGCCCCCAGAGCAGAACGGGCUGAGCGAGCCAGAGGCAGGUCCGGGAAGAACACAGAAGCCGGGGGUGGUGGAGCUGGGGGCGGGGGCCGCGCCCAGCCCCCCGGAGCAGAGCAGCUCAAAGCGCUCCCCCUCGCACCCUCCCACGCACAGCAGGAGGAAACGACCCAGGAAGAGGAACCCUCGGCUCCAGGGACUGAUCUCGGAGCCCACGACAUCACCUCUGGAGGACCUGUGUCAAGGUGGCCUCGGCAAUGGUCAUAGUCAGGUGCUUGCCCCCCAAGCUUCCCCAGCCAGUGGAGCCCCGGCCCCGAAGAGGAAGCGGAAACUCAGGGCUCCCUGGGUCAACGGCAGCCCCCAAACACUGGCCCGGCCCCGACCCCAGGAGGAGGGCCCUUCAGCGAGCCCGGCAGAUGGAGAGGAUUGCCCAGCCUCACUGCCUCAGGGUGGGCGGCUAAAGAAAAAGAAGGGAGAGCCCAGCCGUCUUGACCUCUACCACCCGUCUAUUCAGAAAACUGCCAUCUUCAAAAAGAGGAAGAAAAUGAAAGAGAUGUUGAACUUGGUUGAACACAGCAGAGUAUUGGAAUCCGAACUCAAGCUCAUCCAGACUCUGGGGAGCCGUGGAGCUUGGAAGAAGAAGCAGCUGAGGACUGAGAAUGACUUUGUGAAAUUUGAUACCCCCUUCCUCCCAAAGCCCCUGUUCUUCAGAAAAGCUAAGAGCAGGCCUGCCACCCCUGUGACCCCCGCUGUGCAGCUCAACAAAGCACCGUCCAGCUCCAAGAAAGUCACCUUCGGGUUGAACAGAAACAUGACUGCAGAAUUCAAGAAGACAGACAAGAGCAUCUUAGUCAGUCCCACGGGCGCCUCCCGAGUGGCCUUCAACCCUGAGCAGAGACCGCUCCACGGAGUGCUGAAGACCCCCACCAGCUCCCCCGCCAGUACCCCCCUGGGGACCAAGAAGCCGCUGAGCAUCACACCAAAGAGAAGGCCGACGGCAAUGGACUUCUUCUAGGAGAGUAGCAGAGUCUAUUUGUAAAGACUGCUUUUGUACAGAAUACUCUAUAAAUUAUAACUUUUAAAAGGUGGGGUGUUUUUUAUUGUUUUAUAACUUGUGUACACAAGGGUCUGGGUGUGAACCGUGACACUGCUGUGGACAUCUGCUGUGGCUGAAGCUUUCGCUACAAACCUCGCCUGUGCCGGAGCUCACCAGUAUCCCACAUUUGUGGGUUACUCGGUGCCUUCCCAGAUGUGGGAGCCGAGAACAGGUUGACCGCCACCACUAGUGGGUGCUGCGGGCACAGGGACAGCCUGGAGUUGGAGUCUGCCUGCUGUCCACGUGUGCACACGUGGGGUACUGGUGUUCGCCGAGCCAGGCUGCUUUUCUGUGGGUCUUUCAUGUGUAACAGUCUUUUAAGAAGCACAUAGGACUGUGUUCCCAUGCUCUGUGGGUAGGUGGCAGUUUUCGAUUGGGGCGACUCUUCUAACUGAAUCCACAAUCCAGUCGUUUUUCCAUAUCUGCUCAGCUGGGGAUGAACCUGUGAGUGGGGCAGGAGAGCAGAGCCGCGCAGCCUGUGUCCUUCCCUGUGUUCCUACCUCUCAGCCAACCCAAAGUGUCCUCACCAGGGAGCCACGCCAGGCACGCUCACCCGCCCAGGCCAUCGCGCUCUGGCUGCUCUGGGUACGUAGCGGCGACCGAGCGCUGGCGUCCGCAGAGCAGUUCUUCAUCGAAGGGAAACGCGGCUCUUUGAGGGACAGCAGCAGCGUCCGGAGCGCUGAGCUCCUGCUGGAUGGCAGGCAGAGCAGCUCUCAGGACCAUUUGUGCAUACUUACUUAUUCAUAGCUACCUUAUAUCUUAAAUGCUGAGUCUUGCACUUACAGAUUUUUAUAAAGUCCUAAUUUUAGUUAAUUACAAAAAAUCGGGGGUGGAAGUCACACAGACUUUAGUUGGGGAAAGAAAUGCAACGUGGAGCAGCGUCGCCUGCUCCUUGGCCUUGUUUAAGGAAGCUGGGUCUGCCCUGAGCCUGAGUGAGGGAUAAGAUGCAGACCCGGAAGUCGGGGGUCACCUCGGGAAAGCCCCUGGGCCCUGCCUCUCUCUUGAGUUUGCACAAAAACACAGUGCAGACCCAAAGGAGGAGUCGUAACUUGGGGACACGUAGUUGUGCCUCUGGUGCCCAGCACCUCCCCAGCUUACUCUCUGCUCAGGGACCUCAGGCCUCCUAGGAGUGAAAGUGCCCCCACCCCCCAGCCAGAGCUCGAGUUUCUCACCAAAGCCAGGGCCAGCUCCCUUCGCUGCUUCCCAGCCAGGGCCCCAGAGUGUCCUCAGUGUUUUGGGGCUGUGGCUUCGGGUUGGGGGAGGCCCUCCGGGAUUACGUCCUCCAGCUAGCUGACUGGUUUCCUUAGUCACAGCCAGGGUGGGCUUCAUCGCGAGCUGGAGGUGGGCUGUCUUGCCCACAAAGGCCCUGCUGAGAAGGAAGGGAAACUAUUCUUUGCAAGCUCUAUAACAGUAUCAUCACAAUUAGGCCAGGAAAAAAGAAACAAUGAGCAUUGUGGUGGUGGUAGCUAGUCUUUGUCAUGAAAAGUCUUAGGUGCCAGAGACUUUGUUGUGGUUGCAUGGCGUUAGUGCACUAUGUUUCAUGUCAGAGCCAAAACUGAAGUGUAAAAAGAUAAGAUUCGAGUAAUCCAAUGUUUAUAGCUUUGUUUUUAAAAACUGUCAUCAUCCUUGGUCAAAUUAUUUUUCUAACAACUUUAUUUUAGCUUCAAAAGUAGGUCUUCUAGCCAAGUGGGCCAUACAACCCACCAGUGUUAAGCAGUCCUGGCAAGACUUUCCAGCACACAAGUGGCACGUUUGUUCGCGAGAUGGGUGCAGGGACUUUCCUUCAUGGCUGCUGUGCGUCACCUGUCCCUUCUGAGGCAUCGGUGGAGUGUCCUACCGAUGUACCUCCUGCCUGGGGACGUGUGUCCAGAAGUGACAGUGUGUCUUGGAUUGCACCUGUCCUUCUCUAAAUCUGCCCUAACUUACUCCAUUUUGUGGGUAAGUCCAGUAGGUUGACUGUGGCUUCUUUUUAAUCUCUACAUUUGGGCUACAAAGGAAAAAAAACCCAAUUUUUUAAAAUUUCAUUUACACGUAUACACAACAAAAAUGUGUCACAUAAAGACACUAUUUAGAAUAAUGGUUUUCUACUUGAUGCAUGCUAUUUUCUUAGGUAAAAUUGCCAAGGGGACUUGGCAGUCCCAAAAAGGAAAUAAUUUAAAUUAAUGCUGGUGACCUGAACAGUAUUUUGUAAAACAAUCGUCUGUCCGAUUUGGUAUCACACUUUACAACGUGUUGUCCUUUCUAACUUUUACUUGAACCGAAAGCACAAAGGGGAGUAUAAAGCAGUUGUUAGUAUUGGGGGAAAAAAUUAUGAAAUUGAGUCCAUCUUUUGAUUUUUGUGUGUGUUCCCUGAAUUCACCUGGCUGCUGGCAAGCACUGUUUGUUUACAAUGAGUUUGUAAUAGUG